AUGGCCGAUAAUUCAGAGGAGCCAUCGCAGAAUGCGCUGGCCUCGACAUUCCCGAAUCCUCCACCAUUCUGGCGCCAAUUCACGACCAAUAAUAUAGCCCGUAUUGAAGAGCUGCGAAAGGCUCAGGCUGAGAAGGAUGGCGUCAAUGUCAAAGACUUGCCGGCUCGCCUACCGAAUAUUCCUCAGGAGCUCAUGAACCUCCAGCCUCCAGCCGAGCCAGCUGCAGGAACUUGGAAGGUUCUGGGAGGCAAUUAUACCCUUGAUGACAAACUUCCGUCACUGGAAGAAGGCGAAAUCAAGCGCCUCGUGCCGGAGCAUUCUGACGAGAAGGAUGGCAAACAUCUCGACCGUGCAUUCGAGCUUAAAAAGAUGGCCAAGUCUUUGCUACUAAACUUCCUGGAACUUGUCAGUGUCAUGGCCGUGGUGCCAGACGAUGCCGCUGCCAAAAUCGAGGACCUUCGUACGCUCUUUAUCAACUUCCAUCAUGUCUUGAAUGAAUACAGACCCCACCAGGCCCGAGAAUCGGCCAUUGCGCUCAUGCAAUCCAACCUCGACCGCACGAGAGCGGAGACAGCCGCCAUUAGAGCCCAGGUGGACAAGGCGAAGCGAGUGCUUGAGGGCCUGGGAAGCCUUGAUACUCCCAAAAUUCCCGAAGCAACCAGCUCUACCACCGACGGCGAGCUAACCCAGAAGGAAGUCAAGACGUUUGGGACGGCACGGGAACAAGAGGUCUGGAGUGACGCAGAUGCGUUAUUUCUCUAG